AUGAGAUGAGAUAACGCUUCUUUGAGUCUUUCCAAACAAUCUCCAUCUCCAUCUUCACUUCCUCCAAAAGAUCACAAACAUUAACACAAACAAAACACUUUCAGAAAACAGAACUCAUUCUCAGCCAUGGCUAACAUGAUCAUGGCAUCCUCCAAUGCCAAACCCCUCAUUUCACCGGUCUACACCAGACCCAAAUUCAUCCAAUUUCCACAACCCCAACUUUCUCUCCCCAAACUCUCCCCCCAACAAAUCCCUAAAAAACUCCUCUCUCUCUCUUCCUCCACUCUCAAAUCCCUCUCUCUCCUCGCCGUCACAUCCUUAACUUUUACACCUCCUUCUUUGGCCGCCGAAAUCGAAAAGGCCGCACUUUUUGAUUUCAACUUAACUCUACCAAUCAUCAUGGUUGAAUUCUUGCUCCUCAUGUUCGCUCUCGACAAAAUUUACUACACUCCACUAGGCAAGUUCAUGGAUGAGAGAGACGCCGCUAUUAAAGAGAAGCUUAACAGCGUAAAGGACACUUCUGAGGAGGUGAAGCAGUUGGAGGAACAAGCUGCUGCCAUAAUGAGAGCUGCGAGAGCUGAAAUAUCAGCGGCUUUGAGUAAGAUGAAGAAGGAGACAGAGUUGGAAGUUGAGCAGAAACUGGCUGAAGGAAGAAAGAAAAUUGAGGCAGAGCUUCAGGAGGCUUUGGCUAAUUUGGAGAAGCAAAAGGAAGACACUGUUAAGUCUCUUGAUUCUCAAAUUGCUGCUCUUAGCCAAAACAUUGUGAACAAGGUCCUUCCUGUUCAAUAAAUUGUUUAUUGUGUUUUUGAGUUGUCUUGAUUUCUGUAAUCAAACAAUGUAAGUGUAAUAAUACACACCUCUCUUCUCCUCUCAUAAUUCUUAUUAUUCCUUGUUUUA